AUGAAGCUUUCUACCUCCAUCCUUACCUCCGUUCUUGCUGGUCUCACUUUGGCCAGAGAAGUCGAAGUUCUUGAACCUUCCAAGAGAGACGUCUCUGUCCCAGAUUGGGCCACUGGUUUCCUCGGUACCACCUAUACCCCAUUUGACCAAUACAAGAACUGUCGCUCUGCUGACCAAAUCAAAGAAGAUGUCGGUUACUUGUCCAGCUUCGAAAUCCUCAGAUUGUACUCCAACGACUGUAACGUUGUCCAAUACGCUGCCGAAGUUUUCCCAGGUAAAUUGAUGGUCGCCGUCAACGACAUCUCCUCCACUGAUGCCAUCAGAGCCGACCUUAACUCCAUCGCUACCUCCAUCGGUUACGCUGGUAAACAAUUCAACGACGCUGUCCACUCUGUCAUUGUCGGUAACGAAUUAAUCUACAACGGUUGGUACACCGCUGCCGAAGUUGCUAACUUCAUCAACGAAGCCAGAUCCAUCUACCCAGAUUUCCCAGGUAUGUGGACCACCGCCGAAACCGCCUCCUCUUUCUACGGUAACCCAGACCUUUGUGGUGCUGUCGAUUACGUUGGUAUCAACAACCAUCCAUACUUCGAUGGUCAAACCCCAGAAACCGCCGGUUCCUACGUCUUGGGCCACAUCGAAGCCGUUGCCGAAUUCUGUGAAGAACAUGGUCACAACAAACAAACCGUCACUUUGGAAACUGGUUGGCCAUGGGCUGGUAACGCCGAUGGUGUUGCCGUUCCAUCUAGUGAAAACCAAGUCACUGCUAUCAAGAACAUUCAAUCUGCUGCUGCCAACGAUUGUAUCUUGUUCAGUGCUUACAACGAAUUGUGGAAGACCAGUUCCGUCUGGGACGUUGAAAAGAACUGGGGUUUCAUGGGUAACGCCCCUUCUGCUUGGUAA